UCCUUUCGUCAUCAAAGAGCAGCGUAUUUGCCUUCGAGCGACUCCCAUUCUCACACGGUCUCAUGAAUGCUUGUGUUCCUCACAACUCCACCAAGUCUUUGAGCAGACUCCUGCAGUUGUCGACCCUCACCCCUCUCCGUAUACAGAGCUCGGAUUGCCAUUCGGUGGCUGGAGGAGCAGCCAGCGAACCCCUCGCCUCCCUCCAAUGUGGGCGGCUCUUGCAGUCACUGACCAACUCCAGGUCGUUGGGCCAAGGCCGACGGCUCCACGCCCACAUGGUCGCCUCCGGCGUCCUCCUCGACAACACCUACCUCAGCACCAAGCUCUGCGCUAUGUACUCCGCCUGCGGCUGCGUGCGCGAAGCCCGGGUCAUCUUCGACGGAAUCGUCCUCAAGAGCUCGUUCCUGUGGAACGUGAUGAUCCGGGGCUGCGCCUGCGGUGGGUCGCCGCUCGAGUCGCUUCUCUUGUACCGUGAGAUGUUGAAGUUUGGCAGAAGGUCGGAUAACUUCACGUACCCGUUUGUGCUGAUGGCAUGCGGUGAUCUAUGCCUUGUUGAGGUCGGAAGAAGGGUGCAUUCUGAAAUAAUUGUUUGUGGGUAUGAGUCCGACGUCUUCGUGGCCAAUUCUCUUCUGUCGAUGUAUUCCAAGUUCGGACAGAUGGAGAUCGCUCAGAAGUUGUUCGACAGAAUGCCGGUUAAAGAUUUAACUUCUUGGAACACGAUGAUUUCAGGUUAUGCAAGGAAUAAUGAUCCGGCGACGUCUCUGUCGCUCUUUGCUGAUAGGCCUCUCACCGGAAGUCGGCUGGAUGAGGCGAGUCUUCUGGGUGUACUGCCUGCUUGUGCAGAUUUGAUGGCCCUGAAGCAAGGGAUGGAGAUUCAUGCCUGCAUUCUUCGUAGUGGCAUGGAAAUCAAUGGUUUUUUGGUUAAUGCUCUGAUCGAUGUCUAUGCCAACUCCAAAUUCAUCGUAGGUGCCUGGCGUUUGUUCAAGAACAUGUGCAGGAAAGAUACUGUCUCAUGGAACUCCAUGAUUUCUGGUUAUGCUAGACAUGGUGAUGCUGCUGAAAGCCUGAGUCUUUUUCGUCGAAUGAACUUAGAGGGCGUAGUCCCUGAUGCAGUAACUAUUAUAGCAGUGCUCGGAGCAUGUGAUCGGGUCGGAGCCAUGCGAUUUGGAACAAGCCUUCAUGCUUAUCUCAUUGGAAAAGGGUUCGAAAACAGGGUGACUGUGGGGACUGCACUUGUAGACAUGUACGCCAAGUGUGGUAGCCUGGAGUGUUCUCGUCAAGUUUUCGACGAAAUGCCAGUGAAAAAUUUUGUUUCCUGGAGCGCAAUGAUUUCAGGGUAUGGACUCCAUGGAAGGGGAAGGGAGGCACUUGCUUGCUUUGAUGAGAUGAAGGCAAAGGGUAUCAGACCAGAUGAGAUCACCUUCGCAUCGGCUUUGUCAGCAUGUGGUCACACAGGACUGGUCCGUGAGGGUAGGGAGAUCUUCUACCAAAUGUCAAAGGCGUACUGCUUGAAGCCUAAGGUUGAUCACUAUUCCUGUGUGGUGGAUAUUCUUGGAAGGGCUGGGGACUUGGAAGGAGCAUACAAAUUCAUCAUGAACAUGGAUGCAAAGCUGAUAGCUGAUGUUUGGGAAGCACUUCUUUCUGCUUGCAGGAUUCAUCACAAUGUUGAGCUGGCUGAGAUUGCUGCUAGGAAUAUUAUCAGUCUAAAACCUGAACACAUUGGUCCUUAUGUCACCCUCUCUAGUUUGUAUGCUGCCGAUAAAAGGUGGAGUGAUGUGGAAAGGAUCAGAGGUUUGGCAAGACUAAAUGGACUGAAGAAACCACCAGGUUGCAGCUUUGUUGAGUCAGAUAUCAUGAUCUACAGGUCUCUAGUAGGGGACAAUUCACAUCCUUAAUCCAAGCACACAUAUCAAGUUACAUGAAUCAAGACAACUGCUGAAAGAAGCUGGUAUGUCCCAGAUACCAGAUAUGUUUGCUAUAUACCAGUUACUUGGAAGUUGGAACCACUACUUGCAUGAUGAAGAACAUCUGUGUUUCUGGUGAUUCACAUUUCACGAUGCUACAGAACUAAUUUCCUAACUUCCAAAGAAAUUAUUAUAAGAGGAAGUCUCGGAGGCCUCAUCACUGAACAUAUCAGUGACUGGAUCAAAUGGAUAUGGCUCCAAAGGCUCUGUUGCUUCAAGGAUC